AAGUUUCAAAACUUUCAACCAGGACAGACAGGCAGAGAGACAGCGUGUCGGACGGCCUGAGUGACGGAGGGAAGUGGAGCUCUGGACAAACCGCUGCACCGCACACUCCAAACAAGAACUGUUGUGUUUUGAGAACAAAAAAAAAGAAAAAGAGAGAGAGAGUGGACGAAAAGAAAAGAGGCAGAGUCAUUGUGGAUCGUUUUCAGGGGGAAUAUCCUGCACCACAACUUGUUUGUUUUCUCUUUUCUUCCUCGUCCUUCCCCCUCUCCUCACAUCUCGAUGCUUUGCUCUGGGAUUUGUGCUCCAAAUCCAUCAAAGUCUUCUCUCGAUCCGUCUCCUCUGUGUCAUCUGAAACACUUUGAGUUACAAUUUCUGUCCAGAACUUUGCAGCCCGACAGACCGAGACAGACGUUUGCAGAAUUUCACUCGGACUAAAAAAAAAAAAAAAGAAAAGUCGACUCCAAGCCCGGUUCUGGAAUGAAUUUAACUGAGCCCAGCUUGUCCAGAGAGGCUCUUCUGCACCCCAACCGGGUGUCUCUCGGGGCCUGGACGUCGGGGACCCCGAGUCCUGCUUCUGAUUCAGAAAUGGGUUUUGAGCAGAGCCUCUCCGGAGACUGCAGCUCCCCGGACGGCGUGAGGAGAGCCGAGCCGAGGAUUUCCCUGACACCCGGUUCGGGGGGGCAGAGUCCUGACCAGGCGGGAGGUGCGUCGGCAGGUGAUGGGAAAGCUGUGGGGGCCGAGCAGAGGAUCCGCAGGCCCAUGAACGCCUUCAUGGUGUGGGCCAAAGAUGAGAGGAAGCGUCUGGCCCUGCAGAACCCCGACCUGCACAACGCUGUGCUCAGCAAGAUGCUCGGUCAGUCAUGGAAGGCCCUGAGCGCCACAGACAAGCGACCAUUUGUGGAAGAAGCAGAGCGACUCCGUGUCCAACACCUCCAGGAUCACCCCAACUACAAGUACAGGCCUCGCCGCAAGAAGACCACCAAGAAGCUCAAGCGGGUUGAACCGGGGCUCCUGCUGCACAGCUUAGCCCAGGGUGGGGCAGCAGGCCUUGGCUUAGGACCUGCCAUCAGCCCCUUGGGUGUAGAAAGUGUCUCUGGAGGUUCUCCCUACGGACAUCCAGGAGCCCACCCUCCACACCACCAUCAUCCCCACCACCUGCUGCCAUCUCUGGGGCACUUCAGGGACCUCCAGGCCCCGGGACACCCAGAGCUUGAGAGCUAUGGCUUGCCAACUCCAGAGAUGUCCCCUCUGGAUGUUCUGGAAGACGGAGCUGGGGAAUCGGUGUUUUUCCCUCAGCAUAUGCAAGAGGAAGCAGGGAUGGGAGGUUGGAACGGGUACCACCACCACCUUCACCAUCACAACCAGCACUACAGCCACCACUACAACAACCACAGUCACCACAACUCUAUACAUGGUCAGGGUUCUGGGAUGAGUGUUAGUGCCAGUUUAAACAGUGGUAUGAAUUCUAGUCUGAGUCCUGGUAGAAGCUCCAGACUUGAUCCUCGAAUGAGCUCCGCCGAAUCAAACAUGACCUCCAGCAUGAGCUCUGUCACGGCGGUCGGUUCCAAGUUAAAUCCUACUCUCGCCUCCAGUCACCAAGUCACCUUGAGGAGCCCCGUCAAGUGCCCACCGUCUAUCCCCGACUCCUCCUCCCCUGUAUCCUACCCCCAGCCCCCCAUCAGCCACCCUGAGCCAAUAAAAUGCCACCAACCCCCCCUGAGCGCUGCUCCUGUCACCUACUUCAACCAAAUCUACGGCAGCGGCAGCCCCAACGCCACCCAUUUCACCCCUUCUCAUCUGGGGCAGCUUUCCCCUCCUCCUGAAACUUCCCCUUCUUCUUGCUCAAACGCCUCCAUCCCCCCUCCUUCAACCUUCCUUCCCUCCGUGCACUUAGACCACUUAAAUCCAGAAUCCUCUGGCCAUUUGGGAUCCUCGUCUGCUGAAUUUUGGUCUGAAGUGGACAGGCAUGAAUUUGACCAGUAUGUAAACAUUGGACGGAAUCGAGAGGAGGCCUAUGGACUCAUCGGGGGAUGUGGGGGUGGAUCAAAAGUCCUGGGCGGGCGUAGCAGCACUAGCGUAGGUAGUAGCAAUAACAGCAUCGUUAACGGCGUCCUCCACAGGGACGUCAGUGGUAUCAUGAGCGGGGUCGGUGGGUGCGAUGAUGGGAGCAGCCCUCUGAUAUCUGCUCUUUCUGACGCCAGCAGUGCCGUCUAUUACAGCGCCUGCAUCACUGGAUAAACUCUCCAUGGUGUCAUUUCUUAUAUGUGCCUCCUGUUAUUGUGUUGACUCAUUACAACCGUCUGACGUGACAGGAAGAAAGUAUGGUGGGAAACUGAGUUUCGGCUCAUACUUUUAGUCAUUGUCAUGUCUUGCUUAUCUCUCACUGAUUAACAGUCGAAAUUUAACAGUUUCUCUAAAUGCUAAAAAAAUAAAAAAUGCAGAUGAGUCAUUUCAUCAGACACAUACUGGAGCCAAAUGCAGUCUUGAUCACAAACUCGAGCAGCUUUCUUUUGCAGGCUGUUGUGGCGGGGGAGUUAAAUUUAUUAACCUGCAAACACACAUAACCCCUGAUCCACAUGAUUGUUUGUAGGAUUUAUGGGUUUUAUCAGUUAGAUUGCCAGUUCUUGCCCCCUUUGUAGGCAGAGGUUUUAGCAGCAGGGUUUUCUUUUUGCUGAGGAGUUUCGCCUUUAGCACAAAAACAAAACAGAAAACACUCAACAUUUCAGCUGCAUCACUCUGAAGUUGAUGCUCUUUAUCAUGAUGUAUGAUCCAAAUGAGCACUAAAACAAUAUGACAGUGCGUCACUCUGCUUUAAUUUGGGAUGUGUUUAAUUACUACAAUGUUUUCUACAGUUUUUAAUUAUUAGGAAGGAUGCUAGAUCUUGGAGCUAGCGUGACAAAUUUUUGUCUUUAUCAAUAUGCAUUUAUGGCAUAAAAUUGCAUCAUCUGUGUGGUUCAGGGACACCAGAAAAUGCUAAUCUGUGUUGAAGUACCUUUGAGCAAGACACUAACUCUUGCUCUGUUUCUCUGCUCCCCUGGUCACACACAGCAUACUGCAGGAGGACUUAUAUGAGCACAAAGAACCUGUAAUCGCUGUAUAUCAGAAACGUCUGUGACAAAUUGUCAUCUCAUAUCAUUUUUGACAUUUCAUCUCAGGACCAGACACGCGUUCGUCUCCACAGAACUUUGGAAAAUUUGAAACAAGUUCACCUCGUUCGCCGAAUGCGAACGACAAACUCGUGGGAUUCGCAGAAAGAGAAAAAAAAAAAAAAAAGACUCAAUGGGAGAGACUUGUUCCAACCUCCGCAUAUAUCCCAGCAGUGUUGUCGGGAAAAGCCUUGGCCACUAACCCAGAACACACCACCGAUGUCUCCCACAAACUAUCAGGAUGUUUUACAAGCCGAGUCGGGUUUCUUUCUGACCGUGAUGCAUGCCAUUCCCUCCGCGGCUCAGUCCAUGACAGGGCCUCGUGUCAAACCCCGUGCCAAAAUCUGCGAGUUUUAAGUCGCUGGUGCUUCUUGCCAAACGCUGAUAUGCUGAUGAUUCAACGAUCAUUCCUAUCAAACCAGCAGCACUCUCUGGUAAAACAAGCAUAUCACUCAUUUUUUGGUUUAUUUUGUUGUUUUUUUAAUUAAAAAUUUAUUUUAAACUUACAGGUCUUAUGAAGAAUUAUUGCAAAGAAGAUCAGGAAAAUACGCUAAUUUAAACUUCAAAAGUCUUUAUUUGCAAGUUCUUAUGAAGCAACCAGUUUUCAAUCACUCUAACUGUUCACGUGUUGGUGUUGGGAUUUUAUUUGAACCCUUGGUUUGAUGUAGCUGUUUACUGUAUAUAGAGAUGUUAUGCUUCUUGACAUUAUGUGAAGGAGAAACUGAGACUAUGAAAUGUUCUCUUUGCACUGGGUUUAAUGUCUGAGCUGUAUAGAUGGAACACUACUUAUGGAAACUUAAAUGUCCACAUUCUGAAAUAUGUUUUUUUGUACAGAAAAAAAAAAAAGUUUAUGUUGUCUUAUAGAGUCUUAUUUUUCUUCAAGCAAAACUGUUUAGGAUACUUGUGCGGUAAGUAUGGUGAAGGAGCGGGACGGCAAUUAAGUCAAGCUUAGCAAGAAUCAGAUGAGCCUUUAUCAAAAUUAACAUGCUGUAAUUAAUUUCUUUAAUGCAUAAACACCAAAUCAUAGAAGGAAAUUUGCUUUUUUUACUUUUUCUGUUUGGAUUUAAUAUUUGGGACAGAAAAGGUUAUGGAGAGAUGCUGGUAGGCAAAUUUAUUUAUGUUUUUUUAUUUUUAUUUUUUAAACUUUGCACUGCUCUUGCUGCUCAGCCAGGCUAUUUGCCUCCCUGAUUCAUCACCAUACUUAAACCACAGGUGUAAAAAAAUGUUCAACUAUUCCCACUGGUCUAUUUCAAUGUUCAUUCAAAAUGUUGUAUAUUAAGGAAUUUGCCUUUUUAUAGUUCUAAAGAUCUCUCGUAGAUCUCUAUGGGUCUUACGUUUCGUUCUACAAAUGACUCGUCCUCCCACGCCUGUGUCGGAAAUUAAAACGAAAAUUUGUGGUUUUGUUUGUGCUGAGAAGUCAACAAGUUGUAGCCACUGUAGAGGUCUCUCUGUAUGUGUUUAUGCAGCAUCUAUCCUGUAAUAGUUUUGUAUACAGUGGAGGCAGAAACCAGAAGUCUCUCUUCAAAAGAUUUAUCCUACAUCUGCUAUUCAUUAGUCCUAAAGACAAUGCUUUUUUUUCCCCUCCUUUUUUUUUUUAAAUACAUGAAACAGUAGAACAAAAUGGAGUAUCCUGUACAGUGAAACCAGUUACAUUUGCCACACAGUUCUGAAAACGAAGCAAUAGUAUGUUUUACGAAACCUCUAGAGGAUGGAGUCACAGAGAAGCAGCAGUUCAUGCAAAGUAUUAAAAAAAUACUUCUACAUCUGCAUUCGGCAUUCUUUUCUGUUGACACCAGAGUCUUGUUUCCAUUUUAAUUUACUGUGACGCACAAAGACAUCAGAGAGACAGGCGUUUUUUUGGAGUCGUGCAAUAACUCUGGGGCUUUUGGUAAUAAUUAUCUGAAGAAAAAAAGAAAAGGAAAAAAAACAAAAAAACAAGAAAGAAACACCCAAGAUUUUGGGAUUAAAACAAAGGACAUUUUUCUCAGCAGUCAUAUAACGACAAAUUAAAGCCAAGAUUUUCCCAGAAGUGUCACUGUGAUGCUUCUAAAUGUGUCUGACAGGGAUCGUUUUUACAUUUUCUAAGUGCAGAAAAUGGUUUUGUUUGUGUUUGUAUAUUUGAAAAAUGGAGCUGUAAAUGGAUCUGUUCAAUUUUAUACAAAAAUGUACAAAAUAAACACUUCUAAAGUUGCACG